AUGGCAGGACGAGUAGCUGAACUUAAGGAUGAAUUGAACAAAGCGUUGCACGAUGGGUCGAAGCCGUGGACUAGUUUGUUGGCGAUGGUUGAAGCGAAGACCGGCGUGGACAGAUUAUACGUUUUCGUAGGCUCGAUUGCGUUCACCGGCUUGUGGCUGGUGUUCGGUUACGCGGCGCAGCUGGUUUGCAACUCGGUUGGUUUCUUGUAUCCGGCCUAUGCCUCGAUUCACGCCAUCGAGACUAAGCAGAAGGAUGAUGACACCAAGUGGCUGACGUACUGGGUCGUUUUUGCCAUUUUUUCGUUGAUGGAGUUCUUCGCGGAUCUCAUCGUGGGGUGGUUCCCGCUGUACUGGCUCAUCAAGUGCAUUUUCUUAAUAUGGCUUAUGAUCCCCACUGAGCUCAAUGGCUCGCUGAUUUUGUACCGAAAAUUAGUGCGCCCUUAUUUCCUCAAACACCACAGUGGGGUGGACAGCGUUUUGGCCAAAGCCAAGGAUUCAGCUACUAAACUAUUGGACAAGUCCGAUUAAUUAGGGGGUUUUUGUGGGAUGUUUAUCACCUAGUAACAUAUAUCUCAAA